UUUCUGUUCUAUAUUUAUUUAACUUCAAAUCAAAUUUCUGUUAGCCUUAAAUUAUUUUGCCCAAAGAAAACAACUGAAAUAUCGCACAAUGGCCGAUGCCUCGGGUUUGUUGAUGUGAAAGCCUUUCACAACACCCAAGUGUCAAUUAAAGACUAAUUUCAAUGUAGCUCAACAAUUUGGUGAAUGCUCUAACUAAUAGUUCUAAUUAGAGUUCUAGCAGAGGACUACUAAUUGCCAAGGUGCAACUCAGGUGGUUGCAGUUGCCAAAUUGCCGCUAGGUGCACUUAGUCCGUCGCAAUGCGUUGCAUCGUGUGGUACAUCUCGCUGCUGGCUCUGCCAAGCUUGGUAUUAGCUGCUCGGUUGGGUGGGCGCACCAAACGGUUUCUCAUCUUUCCACGUCAAUCGCCCACAAGACAUCUGUUUAUUGCGGGCAUAGGCAUUCCCGCAGAUUUGUCCUAUGAAUCCUUGGUCAUUGGUCAUGUACUUAAAACCGAGUUUUUUCUGCCCUACAAUGCCACCGUAUACAGGCAAAAUCCCUAUUUGCCGGAAUACAAACACCAGAGUGUUCCCAUAAAUAGUAAUUUGAAUCAAUUGCGACUGCUGCAAAAGCAGCCAAGCCAAUUGCGUUGGCAGAUUUAUGCAUACAUUGAGCACAUGUUGGAUAAUUAUGGCUAUAAUGGCCACGAGUGUAUGCUGCAAGCUAUUUGUGAGGCGAACACAAUUCAGUUCUCAAAGGACUUUAGCGUGGUGCAGGAGCUGUUGCACGUGCUCUUCGCGCCCUCCACAUCCCUGAAUGCAGCUGCUCCCGAGGCAUAUGACUUCACUUUGGCCGAGAAGGCAAGCACAAAGUCGAACAGUUGUGAGAUCUAUGAUUGUAAUCUGAAGCUACUUGAUUGGUUUUCUCAAGUAAUGCACAUAAUUUGAAACACUUUAAAUCUUGAAUAAAUUAAAUAUGUAUUUUUAUAAAGAAAUUAAAAAAUUAUUAUAAAUAAAU